AUGCGUAUAUUCGACACUUCUCAGCCCUCAUGGGCGAGAAUAUUGACAACCGCUCUCGCGGCAGCAUCAACAGCGCGAGCUGUGCAAUUGGACGUCGAGAGUGCCGUCUCCAUCAAGAGAGCCGCAAAAGAAGUAGCCACGAACAUGAUGUCCUACUAUACCGGAAAUAGGCCAGGAGACAACCCAGGAAAUCUGCCUGAUCCAUACUACUGGUGGGAAGCUGGUGCAAUGUUCAAUGCAUUGAUCGACUACUGGUUUUAUACGGGAGAUGAUACAUGGAACGACAUCACUACGCAAGGUCUGCAGUGGCAAGCAGGCGAUACGGGCGCCUUUAUGCCCAACAACCAAAGUAAAACAGAAGGAAACGACGAUCAAGCUUUCUGGGGAUUCGCAGCCAUGUCUGCUGCUGAGCGAAACUUUCCCAAUCCUCCCUCUGGCAAGAUGGGCUGGUUGGCUAUGGCCCAGGCGACAUUCAACACGCAAGCACCUCGCUGGGAUAACUCGACUUGUGGAGGAGGACUGCGAUGGCAAAUCUUCACGUGGAACAACGGAUACACCUACAAGAAUACUAUCUCCACUGGCGGAUUCUUUAAUCUCGCUGCACGCCUUGCUAAGUAUACUGGAAAUUCGACAUACCAAGAUUGGGCCGAAAAGGCUUGGGACUGGACGGAGGAUGUUGGAUUCAUGACACCCGACUACCAUUUCUGGGAUGGUGCAAGCGAUUUGAGCAACUGCACCGACAUCAACCAAAUUGAGUGGACAUAUAACAACGGUGUUUUUCUCCUUGGCGCAGCGAAUAUGUGGAAUGUGACCUCGGAUCCCAAAUGGAAAAAUCGAAUCGAAAAAAUCAUUGAAUCAUCGUCCGUGUUCUUCUCCGAUAACCCCAAGAAUGUGAUGUUUGAACGAGCCUGCGAGGGAGUCAACACCUGUAUGGUCGACCAAAGAUCUUUCAAGGGAUAUCUCGCUCGCUGGAUGGCAGCCACCACUCAACUGGCCCCGUUCACCUACGACUUGCUCAUGCCCAAGCUCAAGGCAUCCGCCUCGGCCGCUGCACAAGCCUGCGACGGUGGACCGGACGGCACGACAUGCGGUCUCAAGUGGACAGAGCAGAAGUGGGACACUACUAGGGACUUUGGUCAGCAGAUGGCAGCCCUCGAAGUGAUCCAAGCGAACCUCAUUACGAAAGUUGCUGCUCCAGUUACUAGCAGCGAUGGUGGCACCAGCCAGGGAGAUCCCAGCGCCGGUGGAAAGCCCCCACAACCUACACCGGAUGCGCUCUCGUACCGCAUUACGACCGCCGAUCGAGCUGGCGCUGGUAUCUUGACCGCUAUGAUGAUGGUCACUCUUGGAGGAUCUGCGGGGUGGCUUAUUUGGGAUUAA